GGAAGAAGAGGACCGUAGGAGAUGGUUAAUCCAAUACUGAAGCUCCCUUUUCAGUAGCUAUGCUGAAAACUAGCAAAUUGAACGAGAAUGCAUCUUCACAGACCUCAUCUCUUCACCAAAUCACUCUCAACUUCAACAACAAAAUCAACAAAACCAACCCUCCGUUGGAGGAACCAUUUAAAGCAAACCCUAUUGGUCUCCCAAAUCUCCUCUAUUCUCUUGCAGAGACACAAUUGGGGCCCACUUCUCAAAACCCUGAACCUCUCUUCCAAGCUAACCCCAUCUCUCUUCCUCCAAGUCCUCCACAAGACCCAAGCCAACCCUCAAAUCUCUCUCUCCUUCUUCAACUGGGCCAAAGCAAACCUGGGGUUCCAACCAGACCUCAGAACCCAUUGCAAACUCACCCAGAUACUAUAUGGGUCCGGGCUCUCCAAAUCCGCUAUACCCAUCUUGGAUUCAUUGAUUCAAGACCACCCACCAACCCAGAUCGUGGACUCACUGAGUCAGUCUUGUAAAGGUACUGACUUUCACUCCCUUGUGUUGAGUUCUCUUCUUAAAUGUUAUUGCCAUAAGAACUGGUAUUUGCAAGGUUUAGAGAUAUUUAGGGAAACCAAAGACUAUGGACAUGUUCUUUCAAUUCAGAGUUGUAAUGAAUUGCUCAAUGUGUUACAACAAGAAGAUGAGGUGAAAUUGGCUUGGUGUUUUUAUAGUUCAAUGCUUCGAAAUGGGCUUUUAGGAAAUACGUAUACAUGGUCUAUAAUUGCUCGGAUUCUUUGUAAAGAUGGGAAAUUUGAAAGAAUUGUUAGAAUAUUAGACAUGGGUAUAGAUGGUUCUGUGAUGUAUGAUCUACUCAUUGAGAGGUAUAGUAGAAGUGGGAAUUUUGAAGCUGCAUUUAAUCAGUUAGAUGAGAUGUGCAAUAAGAAACUCAACCCGGGUUUUCAUGUCUAUAGCUCUAUUCUUGAUGGGGCUUGUAAAUAUAAAGAGGAUGAAUUGAUUGAGAAGGUAAUGGAUUCUAUGAUGGAGAAGGGAUAUCUUCCAAAACUUCCAUUCCCAGGAUACGAUUCAAUCAUUCAAAAGCUCUCUGACUUGGGAAAGAUAGACGCGGCUGAUAUGUUUUUCAGACUAGCUUGUGAUGAGAAGGUUGAAUUACAUGACACUUCUUAUGGGUGUAUGCUGAGGGCAUUGUCCAAAGAAGGCAGGGUGAAGGACGCAAUUGGGAUGUACCACCUCAUGUUGGGAAGGAAAAUUGUAUCUAAGAAUAGUUGUUAUACUGCAUUUGUGAAUGUACUUUGCAAGGAAGAUCCAUCUGAGGAAGUCAGUAAAUUGUUGAGAGAUAUGAUAGAAAAAGGGUUUACUCCGUGUGCAUCAGAAUUGUCUAAAUAUAUAGCUUCUCAGUGUGAUAAAAGACGUUGGAGAGAAGCAGAGGACCUUCUGAAUGCAAUUUUAGAUAAAGGGUUAUUGCCAGAUUGGAUUUGCUCUCGCCCAUUGGUGGAGCAUUACUGCUCUAGCAGACGGAUUGAUUCAGCCAUUGGAUUGCAUAAGAAGGUGGUAAAAUUGGAAGGUACUAUGGACUUGACAACAUAUAAUAUACUUCUCAAUGGACUUGUUAAAGGAAGGAGACUUGAAGAAGCACUAGGGGUGUUUGAUUACAUGAGAAGGAAAAAUUUGUUGAGCAGUGAAAGCUUUUCAAUUGUUAUAAGUGGGCUUUGUCAUGAAAAGGAACUCAGAAAAGCCAUGAAAUUACAUGAUGAAAUGCUUAAAGUGGGGCUUAAACCUGAUGCGAAAAGAUAUAAACGAUUGAUAUCUGGUUUUAAAUGACAAGUUGUUGCCCUUGAUGUCUGCAUGCCAUACAUUCGUCGAUUUUCAUUUACACCCGAGCUAUAUCCUACCUUGCAGGGCAUGGGACAAUAUCUGCAGGCUCUUGAUUAUUAGUUUCAGUAAUGGGAAUGGAAUUUUGGUGGUAGACAUAGAUCUGUGUUGUACAUAAUUUUUUCCGGAAAGUAAUGGUGUACAUAAUUAUUUGUUGAGAGAUGUAUCAUAAUGAGCUUUUGAAAAAGAAAUGAUGGA